GCAAGCGGGCGGUGUACCUCUGUGUGACAGCUGCAAGCUGGCCUCUGAGUUCACGCGAGUUCUGUAAUAUUUUGUAAAGAAACUGAACUUUGCGCCGCAACAUUCAGGACGUACAUGUACAAUCUAUGUAUGAAUGAUUGGGCGUGUACUUUACUUCUGAUACUGAUGUGGGAAACACGUGUUAGGAGUAGAUUUACUCAACACUGAGCUCGGAAAUCUCAGGAAGUCAGGUUUCAACCAAGGACUAAUUUUCUCAUGUAAACUUGGUAUGACCAAGGGCCGCUAUUUCCAAAGCUCCAGUAAUUCUUUUCAUGCUUUUUGCUUGUCAAGUAUGCACAUGCUUGUAUCCAUUUUUCCCCCAAUUUUAGGACAGGAGGAUUUGGUGGCGACCGGUGAUGUGUGGCUAAUUACAGUGUUGAUUAUUGUACUUUGUUGGAUGUGGAAAGAUUAUCCUUUGUUUUUUAACAGAAUGUAGUACAGUCUGUAGUUAUGAUGUAGUGUGGCUCUCUGCUUCAGCACAAAUCUUUGUUAAGCAUCUAGCCUAGUCAAUCACUGGCACUCUGGAAUGGUACACAAGAACUGUUACACUAAGAUGCAAUAAACACACUGCAUACCCUGUACUUCAAAAUGAGUGAGAAGCUUUUCAAGGUUAUUCUUGUGGGCGAUUCCAUGGUUGGCAAGACCGCCUUUGUACAGCGAUACGUGCACAGUAGAUUUGACGAGAACUACAAAGUGACAGUUGGUGUUGAUUUUGCACUGAAGAAGAUUCAACGAUCAGAAGAUGAACUAAUCAGGAUUCAACUGUGGGAUAUAGCAGGUGGAUGCAGUGCACAGUUCAUGGAUGGAUAUAACGGUCAGGAACGGUUUAGCAGUUUGACCAGGGUUUACUACAAAGAUGCCUCAGCAUGUGUGAUUAUGUUUGAUCUGACUUCACCAAAGACGUUGAAGAGUGUUGUGAGAUGGAAGAAUGAUGUGGAUUCUAAGGUCUUCCUCCGAGAUAUGAGCCCUGUUCCUUGCCUUUUACUUGCUAAUAAGUCAGAUCGAGAUGAUCAACGAGUAACAGAAGAAGAAAUUAAGCAAAUGUCUCAGGAUCACAACUUUGUGGGCUGGAGCAAGAUCUCUGUCAAAGAUAAUGUCAAUGUUGAAGCGCCCAUGCUCUUUCUUGUGGAGGAGAUACUUGCAAGGCACCAGUCUAAAGGUCGGGGGUCAAUUGUUACAGAGUUCACAGAUAACGACGGAAGGAUAAAACUUCCACACAGCUACGACAAGCAAAGCAAGUGCUGCUGGCUUUUAUAGCCGUGUAAUCAGUUUGGAAUUCUUGUCAGGUUACUUUUCUUCUUUCUUCAUGUACUUUAUUUUAGUAUUCAAGGGAUUUUUAAUAAAAAAGGCUUCCUCUGAAAGCAAUGGAGGAAUGGCAUUAUCAAAUAUGUUGCAGGAAAACUAGAUAAAGUAUGAACAUUUUUAUUACUUAGGUGGUUGUUGGUACCAGGCUUCCAGCUCACAAAUUUAAAACAGAAGCCAAAAAUUUUAGCUAAAUGCACAUUUUGCAGCCACUUAAUAAUUUAUGCAGUGCUGAAUACAAUAUAUUUCCUGCUAAUUGUUCAGGAUGAUAGCCAAAGUUUGUAAAUACUUGCUAUUUGGACUGGCAUUGUGAAAUGGGAUCCUGCAGUACCUACAGUUAAACCGAUUAUACUCAACUUUAUUAUUGGAUGUAUAUAUGUGCUCUGACUUGUUUCGAUCCUUUAAUAGCCACUUCCUGUCAUAUUGUGAGGCAUUCUAGACUUCAUAGCCUAGCCACUGUUACAUUGUAGGAGGCUUAUAGGCUAUAGUAUAAAGUAAAUCAGCAAGAAGAAUCAGAAGCCAUGAUACCAUGGCACAAUGCUUGUAGACAGGUGGUUACAUUCCUCUUGGACUAAUUAGGUGUUGAGAUUUGCCUACAUGUAUGGCCCCUUAAGUUCAAGAAUGUGGCUGUGAAUGUGAUAUCACCAAGGUAAAGGUAUGUCUAAUUGAUCCUAGAAUGUCUUUACUGCUCAGUUGUGUGUGACAGGAUUAACGAAACCUUUCCCUGAAGGUGCUCUAAGUUCUGGGGUUGAUCUAAAUGUAUUAAAUUGGGGCAGAGAUUGUCUACGAGGAAAUCUUUAAUGUGCAUUUAUUUAGAGAUAUUGUGGUUGAAAUGUUUUAGUUAAAUGUGUAUCCUAUCAUUGUAAAAUACACAGGGCCCCUGCAGCCUGGAAAAGUCAAGAAAAGUCAGGGAAUUUUGUAAAAAUGACUAAAGUCAUGGAAAAGUCAUGGCAUUUGAU